AUGGACGAAGCCGUAUCGUGGAUCCAACGCCGGGCUGGCAAGCAAGGGAGGUAUGAGAACGUCGACGGCUCUAGGAUUGCCGCCGCAGGUCAGAGCUGCGGGGGGUUAUUGGCUUACACGCAGCGCAGUAACGACGCGGUUGGGUUUUUGGGAAUCUUCAACUCUGGAUUGUUGGGGAAUACAACUAAUGCACAGGAGAAUCUGCCCGACGGAAUGAUUAUCGAGGAGCCGGAGGUUAUAAAGGAGGUUAAGAAGCCUGUUUUCUAUUAUAUUGGCGGUCAGGGUGAUGUUGCGUACCCCGCUGCCAUAGCAGACUACGGAAAUUUGACUGGUGCGCCGAAGUGGAUUGGGAACUACCCUGUCGGACACUCUGGGACGUAUAGGGAACCUGAUGGCGGGGAGUUUGGGGUGGCUGCUGUGAAGUGGUUAGAGUGGGUGCUCAAGGGAGACAAAGCGGCUUCGAAAUUCUUCGCUAGGGGUGGUGCUGAGAGGGCCGGAUGGGUUUGCACCGGCAGCAGGGGACUUGAGAAGAUGGACCUGUAUCUCGAGAGUUGGAAACAAGUUCAUAAUGAAGGCUGA